UCUCAGCUAGCUCUGUCUGUUUUGAUCGUGAACAUGGCGUCUACCACUCACAGCAACGGGGCUACGCCUUCCGCGAAGAGAAUGCCCGAUUUCUCAAUUCUUAAGCAGUUGUCGAGAGAGCAUCUAGUUCAUCUGCUAGAGUCUAUGCCGAACGGCAAAGAUCUGGUGAUUGAACCUGAUUUAAUGAGACCGCUGGAUAGGAUAGCCGGUGCACAACUCCUCAGGAGCCAUGGUGUUGAAAAGAUCUUCAAAUUAGAUACAGACACACUAGCUGGGGGUGGAUAUGGACGAAUGUACUUGGUUAGACCAUCUGUUCCAGUUGUGAAGCAAAUAGCAAGCCAGAUUCGGAGUGAUAAGAUGAAUGAUAGACAGAGAAAAUACUCCAUUAUAUUUGUCCCAAGAAGGCUUCACAUUUGUGAUCUGAUUUUGGAGGAAGAAGGAGUCUUUGCAGAUGUUACGAUGGAGGAGUUUCAUUUAGAUCUGUUUCCUCUGGACUAUGACAUCCUAUCACUAGAGCUCCCAAACUUCUUCAGAUGGUUCUUCCUUGAUGGUGACCAAACAUGGAUUCAUUCAGUAUCUACAUCCUUAGUGAACAUACAAGCCUUGUACGGGACCAUACCUCACAUCUACUACCAAGGGAGGUGCUCUAAGAUGGUGUGGGAGAUGAUGAACACCUUACAGUCCCUUCAGGGAACUCAGCUGAAAGCCCCCGUCAAGAAUGAGAUCGGCCACCUCUUCUUGAUUGACAGGGAGACUGACAUGGUCACGCCCAUGUGUACGCAGACCACCUACGAGGGCCUCGUGGAUGAGACCUUUGAUAUCAGCAGCGGUUUUUGUGAGUUUGGACCUGAAGUGACCGGCGGGAAACCUCUUAGAUUACUUCUCACUGUUGAAGACCAGCUCUUUGAAGACAUACGCAAUCGUCACAUCUCAAAUGUCUUCACCUAUCUGAGUACUACGGCAAAGAUGGUACAGACAGGAUACAAUAAAGGAAGACAGUUGAAUUCUGUGACCGACAUGAAGACGUUUGUACAGUCUGAACUGAAGGACCUCAAGCAGAAAUACAAGUCACUUACAAUACACGUUGGAGCUUGUGAAGUCAUCAUGAAUAAGACAAACACCCAGCUAGACUUUGACGAGCACCUACAAACAGAGCAUGGAAUGCUUGAUGGAUCAAAUAUGAAAGAUAACUACACAUUUGUGGAGGAACAAAUAGACAAGCAGAGUGAGAUAUUCAAGAUGAGUUUGGUGAGAACCCUUAGAUUGAUGUGCCUACUUUCACUAACCCAGAAUGGUCUGCCUAGCAAGGAAUAUCAGACGUUACAGAGGCACUUUCUUCAGAGCCACGGGUACGAGUACAUGCUGACCUUCGCCAACCUGAAGAAGCUAGGUCUGUUUGUUGAGCAGCAGCCUGUAGAGAUCAGCAUGGGUAAGAUGUCCGUGUCAGGGGUCACCACCAAGAUCAGCGGCGUAGCUGAUAAAGCCAUGAAGAGGGCGGGCUUCAGGCUGCUCUCAAGGAAACUCAACUUGAUCCCUAAGGCUUCAGAAGUGAAUCUCAAAGAUCCUAAUGACAUGUCCUACGUAUUCAGCGGUGCCUAUACCCCCAUGACUUGUCGGCUAGUAGAACAGGUACUUGCAAGAGGAAGUUGGGCUAGCCUUGAUGAUGUCACCAAGCUAUUACCAGGACCAUCAUAUGCCACUCAUAAAUCAACAUCAGUAAAAGGUCAUACCGGUAGCAGCUCUGUGACUGGUCCUCCAUCAGAGAGAGUCGUGAUGGUUUACUUCUUAGGCGGCUGCACAUUCGCUGAAAUCAAUGCCCUGAGGCUACUAGGGAAAAUGAAGAAUUACACAUUCAUCAUUGCCACCACAUCCGUUACCAAUGGCAACAAGCUGAUGGCAUCUAUCAAGGAGUCUUGCUGAUCCAAUGUGAGAUGCAGCUUGAUGGACAACCAACUGCAACAGGUUCUGAACAUCAUGCAGAGGGCUUCAUGAAGGAAAAUGUACAACUCACUGCAGAGGGCCUUCUGUGAUGAUACUUUGUUCUUACAAGAUCCUCUCCAAAUAUUAGUUCAGUCUGAGGGUUUGUAAACCCAUUCAUUAAAAGAACCAGAUGGUUUCUGUCCAAUAAACUUAUAGAAAUUAGAGAAUUCUGCGGUCAAGAGCUUAACAAUACCCAGUAAUAAAGUGAAAGCCCCUUCAAGGCCAAUUGAGACAUGAGGCAGUUAACUGCAUCAAAACUGAUGCUUCAAAUUAUAAUGAUAGAAGAUAAUUAGUAUCCUUCAAAUAUGUGUAUUUUAUUGUCAGUUGGCAUGUGUGGGAUGAUUUACAAAAAGUUAUUUUACCGGAAGAGCCCUAUUCCUGCCAAAUUUUUGUCAUACUUGUUGAAAUAUGAGCAUAUCAACAGAUAUUUCAUGUCUGGUGUUAGUGUAUAAGUAGUAUCAUCUAUUUACGCAGCUCUUAAAAGUAAAGACCAGUUUUGGAAAUGCCCCCCUCUCAAAAAAUGAAAUGGAAGGUCUUGUUACCAAUCAUGUGAAAGAAUAUGUUUUGACUAAUAGGUGAUG